GUCGUCGCACAACAAUGAACCAUUCGCUGGACAGACAUGCGUCGCCUCCAACGCCCGCACAGGCGCCGGCGGCCGCGGCGAGACCAGCCAACUCCGACCCACGAGCUCUACACGCCCGCGCCAUCAUAAACGGCCACAGGGACCGCAGUUUCUUGAACAACCUCAUUACCCACUACUCCAAAUCCAACCUCCCCUCCUACUCUUUCCGCGUCUUCCACCAAAUCCCAUCGCCCAACGUCGUUUCCUGGACCUCCCUCAUCGCCACCUACUCGGACACCUUCCUCUCCCUACGACACUUCGUUUCGAUGCUACGACAUCCCACUCUCCCCAACCAGUUCACCAUGGCUAGCCUCUUCAGGUCCUGCGCCUCCCUCUCUUGUGUCCCUUUUGGACUCUCUCUCCACGCUCUCUCGCUCAAGAUAUCUCUCUCCAGAGACCCCGUUUCCGGGUCUGCCCUCGUCAGCUUUUACUCGAAAUGUGGGAUGCCGGGUGAUGCACGCAAGGUGUUUGAUGAAAUUCCUCGCAGAGACCGGGUUUGUUUUGGGGCGAUUGUUGUUGGGUUGGCGCAGAAUUCUCGGCCCGUUGAGGCUUUGUCCGCUUUUGCAGAGUUGGUGGCGUCGUGUGAUGCUCAGGCCACGACAUAUAGUGUCUCGGGAGCGCUUUGUGCAGCGGCACAACUUGCCGCGUUGGAGCAAUGUAGGAUGAUUCAUGCUCAUGCCUUUGUUACUGGGCUUGAUAAGAAUGCCUUUGUGGGGAGUUCUCUGGUUGAUGUUUAUGGGAAAGCGGGGCUUGUGGGGGAUGCGAGACGGGUGUUUGAUGAGAAUUUGGUGAGGAUGAAUGAUGUCGGGUGGAAUGCGAUGAUGGCAGCUUAUGCGCAGCAAGGGGAUAAGGACUCGACUGUCGAACUUUUUGAUUUGAUGGAAGCUCGAGGGCUUAGACCGGAUAGAUAUAGCUUUCUAGCAAUCUUGACAUUGUUUUGCAAUGUGGGUAUGGAUGUUGAGGCUGACCAGUGGUUUACUCGGAUGAUUCGAGAUUAUUGCUUGGAGCCAGGGCUUGAGCAUUACACAUGUCUUGUGGGUGCAUUAAGCCGAGCAGGACGAUUAUCAGAUGCUGAGAAGAUUGCCAUGACAAUGCCUUUCAAGCCAGAUGCUGCGGUUUGGCGAGCACUACUUUCGAGCUGCGCCUUUCAUGGGAACGCUGACAUGGCUUGGACUAUGGCUAAACGGUUGUUGGAAAUUGACCGACAUGAUGACUCAGCCUACAUUAUUGUUGCAAAUGCAUUAUCAGGCGCGCAAAGAUGGGACGAAGUUGCGGAAGUGAGGAAGAUGAUGAAAGAUAGGAGGGUGAAGAAGGAAGUGGGGAAGAGUUGGAUUGAAGUAAGAGGCAAAGUUCAUGUGUUUUUCGCAGGGGACAGGAGGCACGAAAUGAUGGAUCAAAUUUACGCAAAACUAGCAGAAUUGAGGGAGGAAAUAGAGAAGAUAGGCUAUGUGCCUGUUUCAGAUGAGAUGGUACAUGAUGUAGGGGAAGAUGAGAAGAAUGAAUUACUUUGGUCUCACAGUGAAAAGUUGGCAGUAGCAUUCGGGGUUGUGAGUGGGGCGGCACUGCCCGGAAAGCCGUUGAGGAUUGUGAAGAAUCUGAGGAUUUGUAGAGAUUGUCACGAGGCUUUUAAGUUCAUGAGUAGGGCGUUGGGGAGGGAAAUUAUUGUGAGGGAUGUGAACAGAUACCAUAGGUUUUUGAAUGGUAGUUGUUCUUGUGGAGGUGUUUGGUAACACGAAAAAGAGCCUCUAUGAUUCAUCCCUAAGACAAAUAUUCAACCUUCUAAUCUUUGCAAUCCAAACAACGCCGUAGGUAGAUGGGGUUGUGAGAUUCGUGAUGAGACGUGCGAAUGAAGGUACAAGAAGACAGGAAGAGAAGUUAGAUAUCAUUGCCAAAGGCAAAUUAAUGCGUUUUUAUGAAACGGGAAAGAAGAUAUGAGAGGAGUGUUGUGUACAAUGCUGAUGUU